GUCCUCGGCCCGCUCACAAAGUGCGACAAACAAGGCAGGUCACCAAGUGAACCGAUGCGCCAAGUAACUCUAACACGGCGCGUCGCGACAUUGCAAUUUCUGCAAGGCAAAAAACAUUUGUUAUCUGAACCCGCUGGCCAACCAGCCAUCCGCGUGCGUUCCUACCCCUGGGCACCGCAUCGCCGUGCAAUCGCAUACCGAGGGGAAAUGUAGCGAACCGGCGACGAUCAGCACGUGGCAGUGACGGACGGACAAGAUAGAUAGAUGGUGAGCAUUUCAAAUAAAAUGACGGGUGCGCCCGAGUCCGAGGUGUCGUCGCCGCCCAGACCUCCAUUUCUCAAGAUUCUCUCCUUGCAACCUCUUAAUUUAGGUUGCAGCUCGCGCCUCUUUGGGUGAGAGUUUCGGCACAAUUGUUACGACAAAGAGUGGUCAUGAUGAAGCUGCUCCUCUCCGCCUCGUGCCUCGUGGCCGCGUGCUCGGGCGCCAUCGCCACGGCCAGCGACACCCCCUUUGUCGGUGACCAUCUCAUCAGCGAGCGCAAGCUGUCUAGGCGCUUCAUCGACAGCGACGGCAACUACAACAUCUCCUUCUACCACAUCAACGACGUGCACGCGCACCUCGACCAGUUCUCGUCUUCUGGCACCGACUGCACCAAUCCGUCGCGCGGGUGCUAUGGCGGCUACUCGCGCGUGCGGACGGUUCUGAAGGAGACGCGGCCCGAACACCCAGACUCGCUGCUGCUCAACGUCGGCGACGAGUUCCAGGGCACCAUGUACUUCAGCUACUACGGCGGCGAGAAGAUUGCCGACACGCUGAACCAGCUGGGCUUCGACGCCAUGACGCUAGGCAACCACGAGUUCGACCGCGGCUCCGAGUACCUGGGCCAGUUCCUCGAUAACCUGACGUUCCCCAUCGUCAGCGCCAACAUCUUCUCCAGCAACGAGAAGCUCAACCGCACCAUCAAGCCCUUCUACGUCUUUGAGAAGUACCAGCUGGCCGUCAUUGGCGUCACCACGGAGACGACGCCCGGCAUCUCGUCGCCCGGCCCCGAGACCACCUUCACGGACCCCGUGCGCGCCGUCCAGGACACGGUCGACCUGAUCCGGGCGACCACCAACAUCACGCGCAUCGCCGCCAUCACGCACAUCGGGUACGAGGAGGACCAGCGGCUAGCGAGCGAGACGACGGGCCUGCACCUGAUCAUGGGCGGGCACAGCCACACGCCGCUGGGCGACUUCCCGGGCGCCGUCGGCCCGUACCCGACCAUCGUCAAGAACAAGGACGGCGACGAGGUCUUCAUCGUCACGGCGUACCGCUGGGGCGAGUACCUUGGGUACAUUGACGUGACGUACGACGCGGCCGGCAAGAUCCUCGAGUACCACGGCGCGCCGAUCCACCUGACCAAUGCGACGGCGCAGGACCCCGAGCUGCAGGCCGAGGUCGACGCUUGGCGCGUCCCGUUCCAAGAGUUCAGCUCCCAGGUGAUUGGGUUCAGCGAUGUGGUCCUGGACCAGUCGACCUGCCAGAUGCAGGAGUGCACGCUGGGCGACUUCAUUUCAGACGCCAUGCUCGACUACCGCCUCAACGGCAGCACUCCCGCAACAGCGCCCGCGUUCGCAAUCACCAACGCCGGCGGCAUCCGCGCGACCAUCGACCAGGGCAACGUGACACGGGGCGAGGUGCUGACGGCGUUCCCGUUCGGCAACGCCGUGGUGGAGGUGACCAUGGCAGGGGAGUUCCUGUGGACGGCGCUCGAGGGCAUCGUGUCGCGCGUGAGCCAGGUCAACGGGCGGGCCGUGACGUCGUUCCUGCAGGUGAGCCGGGGGAUCCGCAUCUCGUUCAGCCCGACGGCGGCGGCCGGCAGCCGGCUCAAGGCGGUGAGCAUCGGCGGCGCGCCGCUCGACCGCCAGGCCGAGUACCGUGUGGUCACGAUUGAUUUCGUGGCCAACGGCGGCGACAACUUCUUCGACCCGCCGCGCAAAGAUUUUGUCAUCCUCGACACCCUCGACGAGGUCCUCGUCAACUACAUCAAGGCCAAGUCGCCUGUUAAUAUUGCGCUCGACGGCCGCAUCAAGGCCGUCAGCACCAGCUGCAAGAACAGACGGCGGGCCGAGGCUGGUUCGAAAAGGGGGGUGUAAUUCAGGUAACGGAACUAGGAAGGGGGCAGGUUUCAACUUUGCGCAAAACAGCAGCGGCAGAUCCAAUUUGAGGAAAUAAAGCAUGCGAGUAAUAUUGUAACCCGAGUGUGUAAAAUACUGGUGACGCAAAUCGGAAACUUGGAGCGUAAAAUACUGAUGACACAAAUCGGAAACUUGGAAUGGAAUCAAGUUGAAAUAAGAGCGCAUGGAACGCGGAGUCCCUUUGCUAUCAACCAGUCUAGGGCGGCACUAACUAGGGCCAAAAGCUAGACUAGCGGCUUGCUUCAUGCAGUCUGCCGCCGCCAGCUCCAUGCAAUGAGCCGUUGACUCCACUCUUGAAUUGCCGAUUCCGUCCGAACU